AUGUUCGGUUCUGUUGUCGUCGAGGAGACAGUGAAGCAGAUCUUGUCAGCUCUGUCUGACAAUGAUCAUGAAGGGAGAUCGGAUGACGAAACGGAACAUGUGGAGAGGCUGGAGAUGGCACAAAUCAGGCUGGAGGCUGUACUCGAGGUAUCCGUGCGGUGGCAGAUCAAGGAUCCGUCACUGCUGCGUUGGCGCAGGAAGCUGAAGCGCGCAGCGCAAGAGUGCGACGAGGCGCUCCACAGGUGCAAGCAGCGGAUCGUGGAAGACAAGGAGAAGCAGCGAGCGGCAAGGAGCUCCUCCUUCCCGCAGCGGCUGGCUCACGCCACCAAGGCGUGCCUGUCCUCCGUCAUCGCCGGCCACCGCGACGAAUCGAGCUCGAGCACCAGAGACGACGCUCGAAGGUUCGAGUGGUUCGCGGACGGCGCGAGCGACUUCCUGCGGUUCGUGGAGCUCGGUGGCACGCCGCGCCGGUACAUGUUCUUCGACCCUCUCAUCGGGCAACUCCUCGCCGGCAAGGAGCUCCGGUACAGGCUUGUCCGGGGAAGCCAGCACCAUGUCCUGUGCAUGCGCCCCGUGAGCUUCGAAGGCCGCGGGCUGGAGGCCAAGUUCCUCUACGUCUACGAAGAAGACGACGCGCCGGAGAACAACUUCUGCCUAGGUCUGAUGCUCCGCCUUUCCGAAAGCAUGGACGUCGUCGGUAUCGCCAUCAGGUGCCUGCAGCAGCUGCUGGUCACGCCUCACUUCAAGUCCACAGCCGAGGCCGCGAUGCGAGAGAUCGCUCAGCUGCCUACACAGGACUUCUCCUGGGUGCCUUACGUUGAGUCUGGUCACAAAGAGCACUGGAACUGCAUCCACGGAAUCUUGUCCCAGGUGUCGCGCCCAAACCCAAACUGCUGCAAGCAUCACCACCAUGAGCCCAAGCCUUGCAGCAGCAGCAACAUGCACGCAGCCAAGCUACCAUUACCACACGUGUCACUGGAACCAGUUAUCGAAAUGUAUUUCGUGCGCAUCAUCCCUGCAGUGUCGUCACGGCAGAGCGCUCGAAGGAGAAAACUUGUGCAGGGUGAAGCAAGAAGCCCCAAGGAAUUGUUCCCACAUCUGAAGCUUGCUAUCCACUACUCGCCUCAUGGUGUUCCAGAAGACAUGGCGUCGCUUUCAGUUGGGAGUUCGACAGUUGAGUUCAUGGAUGGAAAGCAGCAGCAUCUGAUGCAUAAGGACAUGAGCCUAGAGCAACUCGACGAGAUCAUGCUGCCGAAGGCGAUAGAUUGCCUUAACCGGAAGCCCGAAGCAUCGUUGUAUCAGCUGUCCUGGAAGUCUAAGCAUGAGAUGGCGUACCUUCGGCUUGAGAAGACAGGGAUGGUAAAGAUGACACGGGACGACAUUGGAGACGAUCCUAGCAGGGACAGAAGGGCAAUGAUCCAGCGCCGGCAAGAUCCAAAGCUGGAGGCAUGGUUAGAGGUGUUCACAGACUUCCUGAAGCCGUGGGUUGCACUCGCACCUCAAAGGCUACAGGGCCCAGUGUUGGAAUGGAUUAAAAAGGCAGAUGAAAUGUAA